UUUAUAUACGUUGUGACAAAUAGAUAAUUUUAAUAGUUCAUAUUCAUUUAAAUUCAAACAAUGAAAUGGUAGCAACAUCAGCUGAUAGCCCAGGGCAAAGUCCUUCCAAGUUGUGUUUGCUUGGAAGAUAUAUGAUACAGCAAUUUUGAAACCACUGCCGUAGUGGUGAGCUGGUGGUCAGUGCUGAAAAGCUACAAAAUGUUCACGUUCAAAAUAUCACAGGUUAUAGCAAGAGCUUAUAGCACAAAACCUCAACUUAAUGAAGUAGUGAUAGUGUCAGCCACCCGAACCCCCAUUGGUUCAUUUUUGGGCUCUUUAUCUUCUGUCCAUGUGACAAAGUUGGGCGCUGCUGCUAUUCAAGGAGCUGUUGAACGUGCUGGAAUCCCAAAAGAAGAGAUCAAAGAAGUUUAUUUAGGAAAUGUAUGUCAAGGGGGUGUAGGUCAAGCUCCUGCAAGGCAAGCAACAAUCUUUGCAGGAUUUCCAAAAUCCACUAUUUGUACCACUGUCAACAAAGUCUGUGCCUCUGGAAUGAAAGCUGUCAUGCUUGCUGCACAAAAUUUACAAACUGGCCAUCAGGAGGUAGUUUUAGCUGGAGGGAUGGAGUCCAUGUCAAAUGUACCCUAUUAUAUGAAGAGAGGAGCUACACCGUAUGGUGGGGUGAAUUUAGUUGAUGGGAUUGUAUUUGAUGGGUUAACAGAUGUUUAUAAUAAAUUCCACAUGGGAAAUUGCGCUGAGAAUACGGCAAAAAAGUUAAAAAUAUCACGAGAGCAACAGGAUGAAUAUGCUAUCUCGAGUUAUAAAAGAAGCGCUGAGGCCUACGUUAACAAACAGUUCGACUCAGAACUUGUUAGCGUCAGUAUACCACAAAGGAAGGGCCCAGAUUUAGUUGUUUCAGCUGAUGAAGAGUACAAAAGAGUUGAUUUCAAUAAAUUUAGUAAGUUAGCGACGGUGUUUCAGAAAGAAAGUGGUACAGUAACAGCGGGAAAUGCUUCUACAUUAAAUGAUGGCGCUGCUGCUAUUAUCCUCACUACACCGGAAGUUGCUAAAAAAUUUAACGUAAAACCUCUAGCAAGAAUUGUAGGUUUUGAAGAUGGCGCUACUGAACCUGUAGACUUCCCCAUUGCCCCAGCCAUAGCAAUUCCCAAGCUUUUGAGUAGCACUGGAGUCAAAAAAGAAGAUGUUGCUUUAUGGGAAAUUAAUGAAGCAUUUAGUGUUGUGGUUCUAGCCAACCAACAACUUCUAGAUUUAGAUCCCGCUAAAGUUAAUGUUCACGGAGGUGCUGUGAGUCUUGGUCACCCAAUUGGAAUGUCUGGAGCACGUAUAAUUGUGCAUUUGGUCCACGCCUUGAAGCCUGGUCAAAAGGGAGUUGCUUCUAUAUGUAAUGGUGGCGGUGGUGCAUCUUCGAUUAUGAUUGAGAAAUUGGAUGGAAAACUUCCAUUUGGUGAGACACCAAAAUUAACUUUAUACACUAAAGACCCUUGCCCGUUGUGUGAUGAAGUGAAAGAGAAAUUGCGACUUUUUUCGGAUAGAAUACAUGUUGAAACGGUUAAUAUUACGCAAAAGGAAAAUGUAAGAUGGUUGAGAAUGUAUAGAUACGAAAUUCCCGUACUUUUUUUGAAUGGACAAUAUUUAUGUAAGCAUUCUUUAAAUGUAAAUUUGUUAGAACAAAAACUUAAAGAAUUAGGAAGAUGAAUGACGAAUUUACAAAAAAAUGUAUUUUUGGACAACAACUAACAAGCUUUUAGAGGAAAAUACGGAGUAUGGAAUGUAAAAGUAGGUACGGAAGGGAAUAACAAUGUUUAAAUGGUAAUUGUAAAGUAUAAUGUUUACAACGUUUACUUGACUAGUUGAAGGCUUCCCACACUGAAGGUAUUAGACUAUAAUGUUGCAUAAAGUUUACUGUAAACUCUCACAUUAUUUUUAUUAUUCUUUAAUAUACAAAAAUUAUUGUUUUCAUCAA